AUGACCUCUUCACCGCAAGAAAGCGACCUUCACAAGAAAGAUGUCCUCACGCUGGAGAACAUCGAGUCAAACGAGAAAGCUGGUGAGAUAGUUGACUAUUCGCCCGAGGAACUGAGAAAAGUCGUCAGAAAACUGGAUUUCAACCUCAUGCCACUAUGUUUCCUCCUAUACACGUUUUCUGUGCUGGAUAGGUCCAAUCUAGGAAACGCAAAACUAGUCGGACUGAAAGACGAUAUCGAUCUAUCCGGCGACCGGUACGAAUGGCUCGGCAACAUCUUCUACAUCGCCUACAUCAUCUUCCAAUUCAACACCCUAGGAUGGAAACUAUUCAAACCACACAAAUGGGUCGCAUUCGUCGUGAUGUACUGGGGUAUUGCCAGUACUCUACAAGCAGCAGCGUUUAACUGGAGUGGAUUGAUGGCCUGUCGAUUCUUCCUCGGAUGGGCCGAGACCAUGUUCGGCCCGGGAAUUCCGCUAUACUUCUCUUUCUUUUAUCCCCGCGACAAGGUGGGGAGGAGAUUCGGGAUCUUCCUCGCUGGCUCUGCGCUGGCAAAUGCAUAUGGAGGCGCUUUGGCCUACGGGCUUGGUCAUGUACAUUCAACCAUCUCCAGCUGGCGGUUUUUGUUCAUUAUCGAGGGUGUCCCGACUGUUUUACUUGCCGUUGUUGCCUGGUUUUAUUUCCCGGAUUCACCAUCCCAGGCCCGGUUUUUGACUCCCAGAGAGCGAGAGAUUGCUCAGGCAUAUGCGAAUAACCAGCCUGGGGAUUACAAACAUGAGGGCUUGCAAUGGAGCCAGCUAGGGGAUGCUUUCAAGGACUAUCGGAACUAUUUAUUUGCACUGCAGAAUUUCUGCAAUAACGUCAGCUUCGCCUCUCUCCCAUUAUUCCUACCAACCAUCGUAUCGGAAAUGGGAACCUUCACCGAAGUCGAAUCAAACGGAAUCACCGCACCACCUUAUCUCCUAUGUUUCAUCCUAAUAAUCGUGGUCUCAAUAAUAUCCGAUAAGCUCCGAAUGCGCGGCCCCUUCGCCGCAUUAUUCGCCGUCCUCUCGGUAAUCGGCUUCAUAUUACUUGGCACAACCGAUACCGUCGGGCCACGAUAUCUGGGAACAUUCUUUGCAGUCAUGAUAUUCGUGACAACCUCAUUGGUGUUAAUAUGGAACUCGAAUACGAAUUCUACGGGCUCAAAGAAGGCCGGCGGAUUGUGGAUCAUGAUGACCGUUGGACAGUGUGGGCCGUUGCUCGGUACGAAUGUCUUCCCUGAUGCGGACAAGCCGUAUUACCGGAAGGGAUCGUGGAUAUGCUGUGCUUUCGCACUCUUAUCGGCUGCCACGGCUUCUACCUUGAGUUUCUUGCUUUGGCGGGAGAAUAAGCGACGGGAUCGGAUUUAUGGACCUGUCAGGGAGGGGACUCAAGUUGAUAUGACUUCUGCAGAAAGCCAGGAGGCGAACUUAAGAUAUAUCAUCUAG